GGUAAUUUAAAGACAAAUCUGUUGUCCUUAUAAGCUAGAAGAGCGAGAGACGCCUUUGGCAGAAAAUGAUUUGAGAACGAACAAGUUUCCUUCUUCUGCAUUUUGCCCAGAAAAAAAAGAUCCUUUCCAAUCCCUUUCUCCAUCAACAUUUAACCCUAAAUCGUUGUAACCAACCUCCUUUCGGCCCCCAAAACGCGAAAUCGCAUCGAUUAAGCUCUGAAAAUUUGUGGUGAAAAAGUUUCCGAAUCUCGUCUCUCGUGAUCGGGAUUAUCGACAAGACAUGCGAUACCGCCGUUUAUAGAUUGGUGGUUUCUGGGUUUCUUAUAAAUUCGUAUGCUUAUUCGUUUUCGGACAGGCUACUGUAUUUCGAGUCUGUGGCUUUGUAAGAACAGAAAAAAAAAAAGAGGACACUUGAUGGAUAAUAACAGUUGGAGGCCUGAUCUUCCAAAUGGAGAUCCUUCCGUGGACACUGGUGACUGGAGAAGUCAAUUGCCACCUGAUUCACGCCAGAAGAUUGUCAACAAAAUAAUGGAGACACUAAAGAAGCAUCUUCCGCUUUCUGCAACAGAGGGAGUUAACGAGCUCAGGAGAAUUGCUGCUAGAUUCGAGGAGAAAAUUUUCAGUGGUGCUGUUAACCAGAGUGAUUACCUUCGGAAAAUAUCCAUGAAGAUGCUAACUAUGGACUCUAAAUCUCAAAAUGCAACUGGCUCUUCCUCAUCUAUCCCUGCCGCCAAUAAUGUCUCAUCCAUGGAUAUAAAACCCAACAUUCAAGGGCACCUUCUUCCGGGAGCUUUACCAAACAAUCAAUCUCAAGCACCACCUCAGCCGUCGCUGUCCCAACCCAUGCAGAGUAAUACUGCCUCUGGAAUGACGGGUUCUACUGCUUUAACCAAUAAUACUAAUGUCACAAGCGUUGUAAACCAGAAUCCCAGUAUGCAAAAUGUCGCCGGAAUGUUGCAAGAUUCAUCUGGCCAGCAUGGCCUUUCUUCCAACAUGUUUUCAGGAUCAUCCCAAAGGCAGAUGCUGGGAAGGCCUAAUGCUAUGUCUUCUCAGCAGCAGCAGCAGCCACAGAGUGCACAGUUUCUUUAUCAGCAGCAGCUACAGCAGCAGCUUCUCAAGCAGAAUUUUCAGUCAGGGAAUGUUCAGCACAAUCAACAACAACAGCAACCAAAUUUGCUGCAGCCCAAUCAAAUGCAACAGUCUGGCAUUUCAACAUCUACCUCAGCUGUGAGCUCAUCUCCUCUCCAGGGUCUCCACACAAAUCAGCAAUCAAGUCCUCAUCAGUCUAUGCUUCGUCAGCAUCAAUCUUCGCUGCUAAGGCAACAUCCUCAAUCACAACAAUCCUCUGGCAUCCAUCAGCAGCAAACUUCAUUGCCGCAACAACAGCCUAUUUCUCCUCUACAACAGCAGCAAGCACAGAUGAUGCGACAACAAGCUGCAAGUGGGUCAGGCAUCCAACAGAAGCAGAUGAUGGGGCAGAAUCUUGUCGGGGAUAUGCAGCAGCAACACCAGCAAAGGUUACUGAACCAACAAAAUAAUAUUUUGAAUAUGCAACAAAAGCAACAAGUACCGGCACAGCAGCAACUGAUGUCUCAACAAAACAGCCUUCAGACAACGCAUCAGCAACCACUGGGCACUAGUCAUAGCAAUGUUGCUGGACUGCAGCAACCACAACAACAGUUGCUCAGUAAUUCGAGCAUGCAGACUAACCAGCAGUCGGUGCAGCACAUGUUAUCACAGCCAACGGUUGGGCUACAACGAGCUCAUCAGGCUGGCCAUGGCGUGUUUUCUUCUCAGGGCCAACAGUCACAAAAUCAGCAGAUGAUACCCCUUCAGUCGCAUCAUCAGCAGCUAGGUUUGCAACAACAACAACAACCUAAUCUGCUACAACAGGAUGUGCAACAAAGACUACAAUCUUCUGGCCAAGUCACUGGUUCCCUGCUUCCACCUCAAAGUGUAGUGGACCAACAGAGACAACAACAACUAUAUCAAUCCCAAAGAACUCUUCCGGAGAUGCCAUCAUCUUCGCUAGACUCGACGGCACAGACGGAAAGUGCAAAUGGAGUCGAUUGGCAAGAAGAGGUUUACCAAAAGAUCCAAACCAUGAAAGAGGCGUACUUACCAGAUCUUAGUGAAAUCAAUCAGAGAGUUGGAGCCAAGUUACAGCAAGACGCUUCUCUUCCGCAGCAACAAAGAUCAGAGCAGUUUGAGAAAUUAAAACAAUUCAAAAAUAUGUUGGACCGAAUGAUACAAUUCCUAUCGGUUCCAAAGAUCAACAUCAUGCCUGCAUUAAAGGAUAAGGUGGCUAAUUAUGAGAAGCAGAUUAUAAAUUUCUUAAAUAAUCACAGGCCGAGGAGGCCAAUACAGCAAGGGCAGAUGCAGCAACAAUCAGCUCAGAACGGUCAGGAUCAAUCUCAUGAUAGUCAAGCAAAUACGCAGAUGCAGUCAAUGAGCAUGGCAGGUUCUGUGCCAAGGGCACAGCAGAGUAGUCUGGCAAAUAUGCAGAACAAUGUUCUAUCAUCUCGUCCUGGAGUUUCAGCCCCACAGCAGAGCAUUCCGGCUUCUAGUUUAGAGUCAGGCCAAGGAAAUGCACAGGUUACCAUGGGAUCCAUGCAACAAAAUAUUUCUCAACAAGUGAAUAACAGUUCUGCCUCUGCUCAAAGUGGGUUAAGUACACUGCAGUCUAAUUUUAAUCAAGCCCAGCUAAGUUCCGGUUUGCUUCAGCAACAGCACCUGAAGCAACAUCAAGACCAACAAAUGACGCAGCAGUUGAAACAGCAAUUUCAGCAGCGCCAAAUGCUGCAGCUACUACAGAAGCAGCAGUUGAGUCAGCAGCAGCAGCAACAGUUGCAAGCAAGACAGCAAGGGGCACAGUUCCAGCAACAUUCUCUGCAGGGUCAGCGUGCUACUUAUCCCCUUCAGCAGUUAAAACCAGGAUCUCAGCUUCCUGCUACGUCGCCUCAACUUCUCCCAGGUGCAUCUCCUCAGAUGACACAACAACAUUCGUCUCCUCAGGUCGACCAGAAAAUUCUGAUGUCAUCUGUCAACAAGAUGGGAACUCCAUUGCAACCUGCACACUCCCCUUUUGUUGUCCCAUCUCCUUCAACCUCCCUGGCACCUUCCCCUAUGCAAGUUGACUCUGAGAAAGCAAUGGGAAACACUGCUCGCCAACAACAAAGUGUAGUUCAAUCCAUUGCAAUUGGCACUCCAGGGAUCUCUGCAUCUCCUCUCCUUCAGGAGCUUACUAGUCCUGAUGGAAAUAAUUUAAAUCAAAGCGCGGCUGAGCUGCCUAUUGAACGCCUUAUUAGAGUCGUGAAGUCCAUCUCGCCACAAUCACUUUCUUCUGGAGUAAGUGACAUCAGAUCUGUUGUAAGCAUGGUUGAUAGGAUAGCUGGUUCAGCCCCAGGAAACGGUUCAAGAACUUCAGUUGGUGAGGAUUUGGUUGCAAUGACAAAGUGUCGUCUCCAAGCAAGAAACUUAAUGACGCAAGAGGGAAUGCCGGCGAAUAAGAAAAUGAAACGUCACACAACUGCAAUGCCAUUAAGCGUUGGUGAUAACUACAAUCAGUUCGCAUGUUCAGAAACAUCAGAUCUGGAAUCUACAGCGACUUCUGUUGGAAAGAAGGCAAGAACUGAGACGGAGCAUGCCCUUUUGGAGGAAAUCAAGGAGAUAAACCAGCGGCUGAUAGAUACAGUUGUUGAGAUAAGUAAUGAUGAAGAUGCUGCUGAUGCUAGUGAGGGAGCAACAGCAAGCAAAGGGUGUGAAGGAACGACAGUAAGAUUCUCGUUUAAAGCGGUUUCUCUCAGCCCAGCCUUGAAGGCUCAUCUCUCAUCAACCCAAAUGUCUCCUAUUCAACCAUUGCGCUUGCUGGUACCUUGUAGCUACCCCAGAGGCUCUCCAUCUCUCCUGGAUAAUCUCCCGGUCGAAACCAGCAAAGAGAAGGAGGACCUGUCGUCCAAGGCUAUGGCAAGGUUCAACAUAUUACUAAGAAGUUUGUCACAGCCGAUGUCGCUCAAAGACAUAGCCAAGACAUGGGAGGCAUGCGCUCGGACUGUGAUAUGUGAGUACGCACAGCAAUUUGGAGGUGGAACUUUCAGUUCAAAAUACGGUACUUGGGAGAAAUUUGUAGCCGCUUCCUGA